AUGUCAGAAACUUUUGAAAAAAGACAAUUAUAUGGUGGAGCAAUUGAAAUUGAUAUACCAAGAAGAUUCAUUGAUGUUACAAGUUAUAGACAUAUACCAGAUCAUCAAGAAUUAUUCUCUGAUGAGAAAUCAGAUCAAAGUGUAAUCAUUGAAUUAAACGAAUUCCAAGACCAUAUUUCAAAUGCAAAUGCCAUCAAACAUCACUAUGAAGUCCUUGUUGAAGAUGCAGGUAUCUCCACUGAUAAAUCAGUGAUUUUAAACUUUAGAGAAUUAACACAAGCUGAAAUGCCAAAUUUUGAUGCAUCCAUUCCAAAAUACGUUUUAUUAGCACAACAAAAGAUAGCCAAAUUUAAUGAAACCGCUGAAAAUACUAUUAAUAUAUAUAUGGCAUUGGUUAGAUUAGAAAAAUCAAAAACAGACCUUUUAAUUACCUUUAAUGAAGCUAUUGCAUUAGCACCAACAAGUAGCAGUGUGGCGGUCGUUCAAAAUUUAACACCAUCAAAUGAUCAAUCAAAAUCUGAACAAUUAUUUUUAACAAUGUUAAAAUCAUUCAAAAUUAAAGAUUAUUCUUUAUUCGUACAUAAUUAA